GCUUACUUUUAAUAUGUUCAAGUCAUCGAUUUAUUUUUUCUUUGCGUUCCUUUCAUACAAUUUGUAUGGAUCCUUGGCAGAAAGACAGGACAAUGGGCGAUCCGUAUGCCUGCUGAACGACCCGCCAAAUCAAUGUGGAGAGUUUUGUCUUGAGGCCCUGAAGCCAAUGCUCGAUCACAUUGCUUCUCACCAGAAGGAGUGGAGCACUUGCAAUCCCCAAAAUCAAAAUGAAACACAGGAAACACUUGUCAGAAUCGAAGCAAAACUUGACAAGUUGCUCGACCAGGAGAAAGCUUCAUCGACGAAUGCAAAUAUCCUUGACUUACACGCGAAACUGGAUCGGAUUGAAAACCUACUGGCAGACCUGCAGGAAAAUGUGUCUAAACGUGUCUCCAACGCUAGCAUAUCUCCUUUGUUCACGCGAAUCGGGUCUAGAUUAAUUUACAUCGAAAACAAAAUCGAAAAGUCCUGGGACGGUGCUGAAGAAACCUGCCGCGAGAUGGGAGGUCACCUGGCAACUAUUCAAAACGAUUCGGACUUUAGCGCCAUCAAUAAUGAACUAGAUCUCAAUCGCUUGUACUGGCUGGGCAUCACAGACGUGGCCAAGGAGGGAGAGUUUGUGUCCGUGGCCACUGGCAAACCAGCAACCUUUUUCAAGUGGGCAUUUGGUCAACCAAACAACUUAGUAGACAAAGAUAACUGUGUGGAUACUUACCAAGGCGAAAUGUACGAUAGCGAAUGUAGCAGAAGUCUAUAUUUUAUCUGUGAGGCUGUUGGAUAA